UGAGCUUAUUAGCGUUAAAGAUGAUAAUAGAAGAUCAAACCAAGAAGUUAUUAAAAGAUAUUAUAAUUUCGGACAAAAUCAUAUGAAAUGCCUAGAAUACCAUAAGAAAUUUCACAAAAAGCAAGUUGCUAAGAUCCUAGCAAAUAAUGAGAUUAGAAGUCAACUUCCCAAAGAGAUAAACCUCUUAGAAUUUUUCACUCAAGAAGAACUAUGUCGUGUAUUCUCAAACCCUUUCGUAAAGUAUUUGAAACCAAAAUUGAAAAACUUGCCCGAAAAUGCGGAACAGGUAUCCAAUGAUAUUGCUAUAUGUGCAAAUGUUGGUAAGAAUUAUUGUCUGAUCCAUGUGUCAGCACCUUUAUCCCUCCCGGAGAUUCUUCAAGAUGAAUAUACUGCCAGCAUCGUUCUUCGCGCCAUGAAAGAGAGUCCAUUUCCCGAUGACCCAGCGUUGAUAAUUCAAUGGGAUGAUAGAGGAUUUAACGACGUACCAACCGUUCCUGGUUGCCGUAAUGGUGUGCCCGGUCAGACGAAGGCCGCCAUCAUUGCCCACCUCGUGGCGAAUUGUGCAGUCGACGCUUAUGGAUUAAAUUUAGUUUUCAUGUUUAGAAAUUCGGACGCACUUAGCCAGUGUGAACAUACAAUUCCCGCAUGGCACACUGAUAAAGAGGCUAUGACUCACUGCAAAACAAAUGACUCUGUAACAACUAACAUUACAUCUGUAACUUCCGAGCAGAUGCCUCAAAGCGGCGCCCCUAAAGAGCUAGAAAAUACACCUAAUUCUGACAUAUAUCAACCUACCAGCAUGAAGCCUAAAUAA